AUGCAGCUAACAGAAGAGCCAUACCACUACUUGCAGAAGAAGGUAGAGUCGAUCCUGGAGGAGCUGAUUUCAGAGCUGAACGAGAAUGUAUCUGAAUUCAAGGAGAUCUCAAAGAAGGUUUACGAAGUAGAAGAGGUGAUUUUGCACAGCAGAGGAAAGUACAUAAAGGUAAGCAAAGAAGUAGAGGAGGAGCUCAAGAGACAGAAUGAAAUAGAAAAGGUUUUAGAGUACUUUGAGGCAGAAAUUGACAAGCUAAAGCAAAAGCUGCAAGCCACAGCAAACUACAACAGCGCAGAGCAAAGGCCAAACUACUCCUCAAUUGGAGACAUUUCAUCGCUCAUCACGGAGUUCAACGAGCUUGUUUCAAUGCUAGAUCUUGGCAUUCCAAACAAAAUAAAUAUUCUCCUAAAUAAGAACAUCAACAUAAUAAACCAGAUCGAGGAGGAGACAGACAAGAUGUCUCUUAAACCCAAGAAAAAGACCAUGAACGAAGCCGCUGACCCAAGUAAAUAA